CAGAGGGCCGGAGUUCCCGCCGCCCCGGAGGGUGUGUCCGCCCAGCUCCGGGGGAGGAGGAAGAGGGGAAUGAAAAGCCCUCUCUCUUACAAAAGCUUCCCAGGUGCGAAGCAGCGCGUCUGUUCCGCGGGGAGGCAGCCAUGCCCCUGAGGAAGCCCGCGGGCAAGCGGCGCAGCACCGACUCGGGCGUGGAGCCCGACCGCAGGGCCCUUUCUCAGGAGAAGAAGGAUCAGCGCAUCGCGCUCUUCCUCAGCGACUUCGAUCAGCAGGCCAAGGAAAAUAUCCAGGAAAUGAAGAAAGAACUUGAUUCGCUUUUGCAAACUGCUGAGAAGGCGUUUACAGUGGAGCUACUGAAGAUGCCAGUUGCCAUCAGGAAAAUGAGAAGAAAAGACUUGCUCGUUACAGAUUUGCAAGGAGGGGAGGAAGUGGCUCUUGCAGAUGCAGUGACUGAUUGCUCUCUAGAAGACAUACCAAAUCCAAAACUGGUGAGGACCAACAGCAAAAAAGUUAAGGUAACUACAAUUGUUGAAUAUGAAGAUGACAAGCAUAUUUCUGGAAAGAAAACAUCUAAAAAAGUUUCCAAAACAAAGUCGUUGGUUUCAUUGGCCUCUGGUUUAAAUACCAAAGUGAACCGUCUUACUAGGUCUGCUCACUCUUCUACAAGUGUGACUGAGGCCUUUAAGUCUCUUGCUUCUGAUUGUGGUGCCACAAAUUUCAAAGCCAUGCCAAAGUUAUCUAAAAGUGCUGGACUUCAACAGACUGUCUCGAGAACUCUACCUACCAGUGGAAGAGCUCAAGGCAUGUUAAAAAGAAGUAAAUCAGUACCCCAAGAUAAAACACUUCCAUUUGUAAACAUUCCCCUGGCUGAUGGACAGACACUCUGUACGGCUGGUGGAGACCUCCGUAACAUUGAUGUGCAACUACUAAAUCAAGAUACAGUACAGCAUAUUCAUAACUUAGUGAGUGAGCUGACUGUACUAUGCGGAAAGGCAAAAGCUAAACCAAACUAAUGGAACCAUCUUGUGACUAUAGAAUAUUCACGACAGCUCUUGCUUGCUCCCUCUGUUUAUAGAAUGUCUACAAUAUCUUAAUAAAGCUGUAUACUGCUCAGUAAAUGUUUUUAUAUAAA